AUGAAUCUCGACAUAGAUACCCCCCAUCGACGCAUUCCAACUCUGGUGCAGCUAUGUCAACGAGUUGCGGCAACCCACGUCGAUUGUGUUUUGUCUUUGGGAGACGACUUGAGUUACAAUUUGGUGAAACCGAUCCUAGAAAAGUGCAGCACAGACCACCUCCUUCGGCUCGAGCAGGCUUCGCCGCACCUUCAAAAGGAUACGCCAGAGAUAUGGAAAUAUUUGUGUUUCGAGAAAUAUCGAUUGACGGCAACGGAACGAUAUUCUCUUAACGAUGACCCCCAGGAACCGGACUCAUGGAGGAAUCGAUAUUUCUUGUUACAAGCUGCAGAAGCUAAGCGGCUCGAAGAAGUUGGCUCUAAACUUCGAUCCCAGCGUCUCGAGGCAGACGAACGCAAGAAGGAGAGGGAAGUCAAGUUCACAGACCGUGUGCCUUCCCCUAAACGCCCACGCAUUGGUUGGUCAACACCGACACAACCCAAAUCGUUAUUCCAGAAGACUCGGACGGAAGCGUCCAAGAUUCAGAAAGCUAUGUACAAUGCUCGCGUUAUCCCCCCGAUGCAUGUUGGCAAAACAUACUCUACAUUGCCGAAACAGCCGUGCAGCCAGCCCAUCUUAUCCCCGCCAAAGCAAGCUGCCAGGGUGAUUGUGCACACCGUCAUUCGCCCCGCCCCUGCUUUAUCCGCGUCAACCUCAACCACGCCAGCGACGCACUUACGAAACCUUGUAGUGCCAGAUCCACAUAACGUGAACCUCUCAACGUCAAAUCCUAUACCAUCAUUUGCAAAGCGACCACUUUCACAUUCAACAUCAAAUUCAUCUGCAACGCAACCACUCUCACAUUCAACCUCAAACUCUACACAACCGCAACCAUUCUUACAUUCAACCUCGAAGUCUGAACAACCACUCGCUUCAAGUUGUCCGACGUCGUUUCGACCUGAACCUCGACCGUUCAAAUCCCCUGCUUCCGUCAAGAAAGAUCCCAUGGCGUCGCUUUUUGUGCCGAAACAGAAACAUCGGGCUUACUCACAACGCCCGGUGUAG